UAAAAAUCAAAAAAAAAAAAUAGUCAACAUUUUUCAUGUUAAUUAAUUUAUUUUUCUAAAAUAUUGUUAAACUUCAACCAACAUUAUUAAUUUCAACACAUUUAACGUUUAAAUAAUAAAACAAUCGGAGAAAAAAUAGCGCGAAAUAGUUGAAAUAUUUGCUGAAAAAUGUUGAAAAACUCCAAUUUGGAAUUACGUGACGUAACGAGUACAUCUACCAAGAAAUUGAAUCGUUGCCGUUCAUUUCAUUUUCGUUAUUUGGAAUUGUGUCGUGCAAAAAAUCUAACGCCUUUAACGGAGAUUCGUUCCAAGAAUAAUGCAACAUCAGUUUUAGACUUUUUCGGUGAUAAAUUGAAUGUUAACGAUUGGCUGUUAAUUGUUGAAGCUUUAUACUACGAUCAGGUUUUGCAAACAUUGGCCAUACGUAUGCGAAAAACUUUUGGAAUGGUUUUAGAACAUUUGGAUAGCGAGAAAAAAGCGAAAUUAUUUCGCCAGAAAUCUGUUCUAUAUACAAAAUAUGUAUUUUCCGGUGUUGUGGAGGCAAUAUCGAAUUGUAUUGAAUUUAAUAAGAAUUUAAGAGUUUUAAAUCUAGAAGGACUACCCUUGAAUGAUAAAUAUGUGGAGUCAAUAGCUAAGGCCCUCUCCAUUAACGAGAGUAUUAAAGAGCUUAGUUUUCAACGUUCAAAUAUUGGCGAUAAGGGAUGUGAAGCCAUUUGUUGUACAAUGAAGUAUCUAGCAAAUGUUGAAAAAUUAAAUUUGUCAGAAUGUGAAUUGACUUCAAAAGGAGCUGAAUAUGUGGCCGAUAUGAUAAAGAUACAAAAAAUUAGUCGUUAUACCGAGGGUUGGCAAAAGUCCUUAAGAUACCGUGAUGUUGAUCCCGAAACUAUACCGGGAUUACGUUCAAUUGCCCUGUCACGUAAUCCCCAAAUAGGUGACGAAGGUAUUAAGCCAAUUGUGGAAGUAUUAAAAGAGGAUGUAUGGAUUAAAGUCAUCGACAUGGUGAAUUGUGGCCUAACGGAUCGUGCAGCAAAUCUGAUAUUGGAUUGUUUGGAAAUCAACAAUUACAUAAUUGAUUUUAAUGUUAGCGGCAAUACGGGCAUUAGUAAAUUUCUUUUGCGCAACAUACGUGAACAAUUGGGCAAAGAAGAUGAGGACCAAAAGCUAAAGGAGGCUCAAGAGGAACUAGUGCCGGGCCCAAACGGUGUACUUGUCAAAAGAAAAAAAGUUACUAUAGCCGCUCUAAAAGAGCAGUUAAAAACCCUUGAAGAACAAUUGUCCUUUGAGAGAGUUUUGCGCAAAAAAGCUGAACAACUUAACGAGAAAUUAAAUGAACAAAUUAUGGCGUAUGAACAUCAAUUGGAAAAUAAUUUAAAUUCGAAUAUACCCGAAGGUUAUGUCAUGGUCAAAAACGAAUCCUUGCAAUCGAUCAUUAGAGAACGCAAUGACUUUCAAAAACUAGCCGCUGGCGUUGGCAGCAACGACACCACGCCACGCAAUAAUAUGGCCCUAGUAAAACAAACAAAUCAUAAGGGUAGUGAGAUAUCAAAUCCCAGUGCUCCCCUUAAUUCACCCUCUACUUUAAAGCUUCCCAUGAGCCAAGCAGAACAACGCAAAAACUUAAAAGUUCGUAAAGUUAAGAGUGAAGUAAAAUAUAUAGAACCUGCUGCUAAAGACUCUACUCGCAGUAAAAAUAAAGAAUCAAAAUCGGAUCAUGAAUUUUCUAAUGAAACUGAUUUUCAAUUGACUGCUAUACAUUUUGAAACCAACAUCGGCGACACUAUCGCCAGUAAUAAUAAAGAGAAAAAAUUCAAUGGCAAAGUUCGCCAAAAUAAUUAUGAGAAUCUAACAAAAAUUGAAUUGGACGAUUUGUCAAUACCAACCACACGUAGCUUGAGUAGUGAUAUGCACUCAAGUGAUUCGGAUACAUUACGUAACGAAGCAGAAUGCCAACCUUUAAAGGUGUUUAUACGACAUGCGAAACCAAUGCCCUUAACGCCUAUGCCCAAAACGAACGAUCAUGAAAGGGAAAGUUGUAGAAAUCACAAUUUCUAUAAAAAAUCAAAUGUGCAUUAUGGUGAUCAGGUGUUUAAAUCACCACGAUCUCUUUUUUUAGGAUUGUGCGAUGAUUGAUAUUGGUUGGUGAUACGGAGGUACAUUAAAUUAUAAUUGUAUAUUACUGUAGUACUUAUUUUUAAUAGUGGAAUAAUCGCUAUCAAAAUCUAUUGACUUAUCGAU